AUGACAUUAAAUAAUAAGAAAUAUAGAGUUUGGAUUGAUGGAUGCUUUGAUUUCACGCAUCACGGCCAUUCAGGUGCUAUUUUACAAGCCCGGCAAACGGUAUCAUCAUAUAAUCAAAACAAAUUGAUUUGCGGUAUCCAUAAUGAUGAAGCCAUUAGACUUAAUAAGGGAUGCUUACCUGUCAUGCAUGAAAACGAACGUUACAAGCAUAUUGAAUCUAUUAGAUGGGUUAGUCAGAUUGUGAAAGAUGCGCCUUAUGUUACUGAUCCUGAAUGGAUGGAUCGAUACGAAUGUCGUUAUGUGGUACAUGGUGAUGACAUUACUUUGGAUGCUAAUGGAGAAGAUUGCUAUGCAUUAAUGAAAAAAAUGGAUAGAUUCAUGGAAGUUAAGAGAACACCCGUCGUUAGUACUACUGAAAUCAUUCAUCGUAUAUUAAACGGUGAGACUGUUGAUGAUAUUAAUGACAAGCUUACCCUAGAAGAGUUACAAAAAUAUAGUACUGGUGAAAACGGUGUGGAUAAACAUUGUUUUGUCAUAGACGGUAAAAAAAACGAAUUACUAGUUGAUGGUAUUAAAGACAUUAAAGAUAAAUCCCAAUGGGUGGUAUUAACAGGGGACUUUGAUUUGUUCCAUCCAGGCGAUAUCGAACAAUUAGAAAACAUUUCCAAGAGACACCCACGUGGUGUGGUGAUCGCCCACAUCACCCACGAGAAUGGAGGGACCAUUAUGUCAUUAAAAGAACGUGUUCUAAGUGUACUAUCUUGCCGCUACAUUGAUGGUGUCGUUAUUGGAGGAAGUCCAGCUGCUGAAUGGGGUCUAACCUACAAGCUGGGCGACCCACACGUGACGUCCAAUGGUGAGUUUGAAUACCUAACUGCACACGUGAUCCAGGAUCGUAUCAAUGCCCAGCGUGACCGUUACGAGGCUCGUAAUGCCAAGAAGCGUGCACCAACUACAUAG